AGUAGUUGAUCUUUUUUUCAGUUGUACUUAACCUAAAUGGCAUCAGAUAAACUUGAGUUAAAUCGAUCCAGCUUUACUUGGGGCAAUUUUUUCAAAGAGGCCGGACUUCCUCCUUCAGUUUGUGCAAAUUAUGCUGUUCUGUUUAUCGAUAAUCGAAUGAAGAAGAGCAUGCUACCGGAUAUAAAUAAAGAAAUUCUACAUGAGCUUGGCAUACGCGCCGUUGGAGAUGUAAUAGCAAUUCUUAGACAUGCCAAACUGAUUUACAGCGAAAUUCAACCCCUUUCACAUUCGAAAAAGAAAGAGACCAGCUCAUCAGUGAUGGGCCAACAAAUAACUGCAAGCAAAGAUGCCUUAAAAGAUCGACCAAAAGAGGAAUCGAGGAACAAUGCCAGGCAUAAAGAAACUCCUCGUACCAGAAAGGUAUCAAGUAGUUCGUACGAGAGUGCAUAUAAUACACGGAGCUCUGAUCCAGGGAAACGAAAAAAUUAUCUGCAAAACCAGGAAUCUCGUUCCCAGAGAAAGAAGAUUUCGUCAACGAGUAAAACUAAAAAGAUAUCAAGUACGUCCAAAGGAAAUGAAUUACCAAGAUCUCGCAAGCGAGAAGGCAAAAUAAAAGUAAGUGAAACUGAGACUGAGUCCGAAAGAUACGAUUCUAGCUCUGAAAGAGAUCUUAAGCGUGCAAAGAAUUUGUCGAAAAAGCGUAAAGUUGUGCUAGAAGACAUACCCACUGAAGAGUCCCGCGUGAUACAUAAAAGAAAUCGCGGACUGUUGAAAAUGAAUAAAGAUGUCACCGAAAAACCUGAGCCAACUGUCAGUAGAGACAUUGAAAUUAUUACUACAGGGGAUCUGCUUGGACAGCCUUCUAAAUUGAGAUUGAUGAGUUCCUCUCGCAGUGACGAGGAAACAAAUGAUUUAAUGAACCUGUGUCGCCUAACGUACCUUGCCGGUCAGUAUCACUUGGAUAAGUCAAACGACAGAAUGUUAUCUGAAGCAAAAUUUGGGGAAUCCGAUAUUGAAGACAGUAUUACUGGCUUAGAUGAUUUGGGAAAUCAUCCGAAAAAAGAGCAGACAGUAAAGUUGGUAAUGUCACCGGUUGCCACAACCUUUGUACGAGUAAUCAGUGAUCGACGAGACGAUAUGCUAGAAGAAUUUUUUCCGCAGAAAACCAUAAGCUUGAGUCAGGAAGUGGAGCAAAAUCGAGAAGUACGCAACAUUCUUGCACGGGGAAGGCAAUCGCUAGAUAGGUCUAGAUUCCAGACAGGUCUAGACUACAUUGGAACUUUCAGGAAUGAUUACUCAGACGAAGUAAGACCAACAACGCUCGUGUCGGACAAGAGAGAAGAGAAGCUUAUUAACAGACUCGGGUCAAAAUCUGAAAUCAAGGAAGAAAACAAACAAGCUGGAUCGCUCACGAUUUUAGACGAAUCUGGGGAUCGAAAAACGACAUCAUUAUCUGAUAAAGAUCGGACGGUCAUCAGGUUGACCAAAUAUGACAGCGUUUACAAACGACUCGGUCCAGAGCAAAAAGUUCCUAUAAAGCCAACAACACUAGGCGUCCUUGGAUCAGACUCACCAAUGUCUUCACAUAAAUCUGUAUCAGAAAAUGAUGUGAUAGAAAAAAUACAAAAUGAUUCAAGAAGCUCUGAUGUAAUUUACGAUAGAAGAGCACUAAAACGUCGCCUUCCGCCUAAAAGUGGGCAAACGGAUUUACGAGAUGUCCUGAAGUGUAAAGGCGGCUUCCUACCGAGUACCGAAAGUGGUUACAAGGGCUUUGGAUCCAAAGAGGCCUCAUUAUCUGCUGAUUUAAGAGACCGAUUGGCAGGUAGAGCACCAGCUUUCGAUUCCGAUAGAUUUGGGCCAUCCAGAUUGAAAAAUUUAAAAUUUGAAAACGGCGGCCGAGAAAACAGGCGAUCUGAUGGAAAAUGUUUACUUAGCAAGACGAUGAAAGAUGUUAUGCAGUCGCGGCACUCCAUAGACGAUCGAUGGUAGCUGAAAGUUACACUGGUAUUGCUUAAGAGAGACCUUGAAAAGGGCCAGAUCAUCAUCCCAAUGAAGUGGAAACUCAAACUCAAUCUUACUACUUAAUAAACCAACCAUUAAUUUCUAGACAAAAUCAGUCGAUUUUUUGAUAGGAAUGUAAGUCGUCGUUGAGUUUGGCUAGAUACUUUGCAAAGAAUUACCGAGUUAAUUAAUGGUUGAGUCUCAUUUUCGUCUUGAAGUGAAAAAGAU